AUGGACGAAAAAGAUGUGGCGCAAGCAGGUGUAAAUGCGCUAAUAACCGGCAGCCAACACCGCGGGAGCCUGCCCCCUCUGGGUGUGACCUACACGUGCCUGGUUCUGCGGCUGGAUCACAUCUGUCAUAUACAGGCGAACGUUUGUGUGAAGGCUGACGUGUGUGGCAGGCUGAACAGCCAGAGUGAGAGAGUGAAGAAGAAAGUGUAA